UGUCCCAGGGGGGAAAUUUCCAUUCACUUCCUGUACCAUAACUAAAACAAGAAGUGAAGGGAAAUCCUUCUAAAGUGAGGGAAUCACUGGUUGUCACCAGAACUAGUGUCCCCAUGAUUUCCCCUCCAUUGUUGUACUGGUGACAGCAUAAUUGAUAUCACUCUGGAUCAUGGGGCGGACUGACAACUCAUGGGGCCCCCAGGCAAUAGGGGAUCAUGGGGCCCCUGUGUCCUUGCCCAAACUCAAAAAAGCCUAUGAAAAAGGUACCAGGGGCAUCUCAUGGGGCCCCCAACUGACCCCGGGCCCUCGGGCAGUGCCCGAGUUUCCCAAUGGUCAGUCCGCCCCUGCU